UCAAACAGUACCACCAUCUGCAGUACAGGAGUCAUAACUUAGAAUUUACUGCAAUAUUUUCCGUUUUUGUUCGGCUAGAUUAUGAUGGGUGAAAUGGGGUUUCUGCGAAUAUACGUUUCCUAAAAAGCACUAUAUAAGUUUCACGGCAGAAUUAGAACUUUACAAGAUACAGUCGUUAAAAGUACGUUUCUUACGAAUUCAAUAACUGCACGAUAAUUCUAACCUCAAAGUAUUUUAGCUUGUACACCAAUUUUAUAUAAAACGAAUAUUUUCAUAAUAAAUAACAUUUCUCUUAUAAUCGUAACGAUAUUAUUACAAUAAGCAGAUAAUCACGAAGAGAAACCAUGAUUACAUUGAGAGGAAAAUUGAAAAAAGAUGCUGAGAUUACAAAUUCUAAAAAUAGAGAUUAUAAUAAACGGGCAUCUGUUCGCGAUAAGCUGCUGAUAAAAGAGGUACAAGAAAUGGAACAAACGCUUCCAGUUACCUGUCAAGUAACGUUUAAUGAUCCUCAUAGGUUAUAUGAAUUUACGCUUUCGAUUAUACCCGAUGAGGGAUAUUGGGUUGGUGGACGCUUUUUCUUCGACAUUUAUAUAUCAGAAGAUUAUAAUAUGGCUCCACCAAAGGUAAAGUGUUUAACAAAAUUAUGGCAUCCUAACAUAAGCGAGGAUGGUGAUGUGUGUCUUUCAAUAUUAAGGCAAAAUAGUAUAGAUGGGAUGGGAUGGGCGCCAACCCGUAAACUAAAAGAUGUUGUAUGGGGUUUAAAUUCACUCUUUACUGAUCUUUUAAAUUUUGAUGAUCCUUUAAAUAGAGAUGCAGCUGAAUUGUUUAUUAAAGAUAAAGAAUCUUUUCGUACUAAGGUAAAGUAUUACGUUAUGCAAUAUGCAAAAAGAUGAUUUCAAAUUGAAAUUCUUAAUGCAACAGUGUAAUUAUGCACUCACCGAAUUAGAACCAUGAUUUUUGCAAAAAAAAAA